AUGGCCGCCUCUACCGCGUCUUUUGCGCCUGUCCUCUCCGCGCUGGCAACCAUGUCCAGCAGCGGUGUCGAACGGGCCACCAAGCACGAGGCGCACAACUACCUCGAGCAGUUCCAGAAAUCGUCCGAGGCAUGGACCUCGACCUUCGCCAUUCUGCAGUCGCCAGACUCGACCGACGAGGCGAAGCUGUUUGCGGCGACGACGUUGAAGGGAAAGAUUGUUUUCGACUUCCACCAACUGCCCAAGGAAUCACUGCCACAACUGCGGGAUACACUGGUCAACCUACUUGCACAAUACGCCAAGGGUCCUAAGCCCAUUCGGACUCAGUUGUGCGUGUGUCUGGCCAACCUGGCCAUUUUGAUGUUGGAAUGGAAGGAUGUGCUGUCAACGGUUGUGGCAGCACUGGGAGGUGAUGCGGCGGGAAUAGCAUGCGUGCUUGAGUUUCUGCAUGUACUGCCCGAAGAAGUGACAGAAGGCAGGAAGAUUAAUCUGGCGGAAGACGAGCUACGAACACGCCAGGAAGAGCUGCUGGAGAGGAAUGGACAGAAUGUGCUGCAGCUUUUGGUGCAGUACGCCCAGUCGUCGUCCGAGGCUGCGAAGAACCCGCAGCUCAUGGAGUGCAUCACAUCAUGGAUUAGGGAAGUACCCUUGAACGACAUCGUCAACUCGCCGUUGAUGGAUGUGGUCAUGGCCGCUAUUCAGUCCGAUCAGUCCUUCGACGCGGCUGUGGAGACGCUGUGUGCCAUCUUCAAGGAAACGAGAGAGGUCGACGAGAACAUGGCUACAAUCAAGGUCCUCUACCCACGCUUGGCCACCUUGGUCACACGGAUAAAGCCAUGCGCGGAGGAGGAGGAUUGGGAGACGUACAAAGGCAUUACUCGAGUCUUCGCCGAGGCUGGUGAGGCAUGGGUAGUGCUCAUCGCGCGACAGCCCAAAGAUUUCCUCGCGUUGGUCGAAGCGGUGCUCGAGUGCUGUAUCCACGACAAGGAACGAGAGGCUCUUGCCCAAACAUUCAACUUUUGGUACGAGCUGAAGCAGUACAUCACCCUGGAGCGAUACAUGGACGCACGCCUGGAAUUCGUGCACGUCUAUUCGAAAUUGGUCGACAUAAUGAUCCAUCACCUCCAAUAUCCAUUGCCUGAGAAUGGCAACGAUGCUGACCUCUUCGAUGGUGACCGCGAAGCAGAAGACAGAUUUCGAGAGUUCCGCCACCAGCUGGGCGAUGUGCUCAAGGAUUGCUGCGAGGUCAUCGGUGUCACUGAGUGUCUCCAAAAGAGCUAUAUUCUGAUUGAGGCAUGGGUCACACAGCAUGGCCCUCAAGCAAGCGCAGGCAAAGUCCCACAAUGGCAGACGCUUGAGGCUCCUCUGUUCAGCAUGCGCGCCAUGGGCAGACAGGUUCCUCCUGACGAGAACAUCAUGCUUCCGCGACUCAUCCCGCUGAUUGUGCAGAUUCCGGACCAGGAGAAGGUGCGAUUUCAGGCUGUCAUGGCUUUGGGACGGUAUACAGAAUGGACGUCUCAACACCCCGAGACACUGCAAGAUCAGCUCAACUUUAUCAUGGCGGCCUUCAACCAUCCGUCACCCGAGGUCAUUCGUGCUGCAGCGCUCAGCUUCAAGUUCUUCUGUAACGACUGCGCAGAUCUGCUCAAAGGAUUCAUGCCACAGCUGCAGCAGUUCUAUCAGCAGAACCUCGAUGCAUUGCCCGCGAGCAGCCAAGAAGAGGUCACAGAGGGCGUCGCAUCCGUGUUGGCUAAGCAACCUUUGGACACUCUACAUCAGUCACUGAAACUCUGCUGCGACCCGAUCAUGGAGAGACUGGUCAGCAUGGCGCAAGCUGCGACAGAAAAGGAGCACAAGAUCGCCAUCGCUGACCAUCUGAACCUGCUCACAAUCUUCGUGCAGUGGGUAACUCCUUAUGUGGAGCCAUCAAAACCUCACCCCGCCGUGCAGUAUUGUCAGGAGAUAUUUCCGGUACUGGCCCAAGUCUGCGAAGCUUACAUUGACUUCGUGCCGAUCGUCGAGCGCAUAUGCAGAUGUUGGCGUUACAUCGUUCUGUCUUACCGCAUCCAUACUGCACCUCUUCUACCCAUCCUGGCAGAGAAGCUUGCAUCGGGUUUCACGGCCAGCAGACAAGGCUGUUUUCUUUGGGCUACUGACAGCAUCGUGCGCGAGUUCUCAGACGUCUCGGAAUAUGUCUCGAGGGAAACCACGGACCACAUCUACGUCUUCUACGAGCAGCAAGCAACGGCGUUUAUGCGCAUCCUCAACGAGCUCGCCCCCGAAGAGCUGCCAGAUGUCAUCGAGGACUUCUUCCGCCUUUCCACGGAUGUUCUCCUAUACCAUCCAAUCAAACUUCUCAUGUCACCAUUAUUGCCGCCCAUCUUGAGCGCAGCCUCUACCWCCCUCACCCUCCUCAAGGAGGAACCCCUUAUCGCCACUCUUCACUUCCUCCGCGAUUAUCUCGCAUAUGGCUUUGAAUCUGCGCCCUCACCAGCCUUCGACGCACAAGAUGGUACUUACUCCAAUCAGCCCAAUCCGCCUGAGAUCCAGUCUCGCGUCAAGGACCUCACCCUGGCGGAAGGUGAGCGUCUCGUUCAGCGCUGCUUGACGGGCAUGAUGUACACUUUCCCUGUUGAUGCCCACCCAGACGCCAGCGGAGUCUUGCUCGCACUCUUCCAGCUUCUUCCGGAACCUGUCAGCGAGUGGGUCGGCAAGACGGUAAACAUGCUUCCUGAAGGCAGCAUCGCGGACCAGGAGCGUGAGCGACUGAUGCGGAACAUUGGGCAGAGAUUGCAAGCUGGGGAGAUUAGGAAGAUCCGUGGGUUGUUGGCGGAUUUCACGAAUGGGUAUCGGAGGAGAAACGUGGCUCCCAGAGAAGGCUUGGGGAGGUUAGAGGCUGUUCGGUUCAGAUUUAGCGGGUAG